AUUAAUCAAUCUAAAAUCAAAACAAACUUUAAAAUUUAGGUAUCUCGGUGUUUAUAAAAUAUUCUGAUCGCAAAAUCUUUGUUAAAAUCUGCUUGAAUGUUAAAAUUUCUUUCUCUAUUUAAAAAAGAAUGGCUUUUACAUUCACUAUGUAUUCAAAUUAAAUAAGUUUAAGCAAUUUUAAUAUCUAAGUUUAGGUAUGGAAGAGCCUUGUUCAUAUGAUGAUCUUCUUUCUCUUCAACGAAAGGAAAAGAAAGAUUUAUUAGCUAAAACUCAAAAAAUGAAACAUAGUAUAGCUAAAGGGGAUAAAAAGAAGAAAAAAGAAGUUACAGCUGAAAUUGCUCAACUUCUAGCUGAUUUAGAGUUGAAACACGAAAAACAGCUUAAGUUAUAUGAAGGGCAGAAUGCUGAAAAUCCAGAUACUACAGACAAUGGCUGUAUCGAACAAGCAAUAGCUGAUGAAAAUAUUAAAAAUAAUUCUACGAAGGAAGAGACUGAUAUUGUAGAGACAUUAGAUGAAGAUAACGAGGCUGAAGCACCAAAUACUGCUGCGAAAGUGAGCAAAGCUCAAAAACGAAGAAACAAAAAAGCUCAGCAACGAAAAGAAAGGGAAAUAGCUAUUGCUAGUCAAGCAGAAGAAAAUUUAUUUGGCCUACGCCACGUAGAAUCUUUNAUUCCUUCUGAUGGAAAUUGUUUAUAUCAAGCCAUUGUGCAUCAACUAACUAUUUUCAAUUUAGAAAAAAGAACUGUUCCAUCUUUGCGGGAAGAAGCAGCUAAGUAUUUACGAUUGCACAAAGAAGACUACUUGCCAUUUAUCACUCAUCCUGAAACAGGAGAUAUGUUGACAGAUGAGCAAUUUGAAAAAUAUUGUGAGGAUAUUGUUAAUACUCCAGCUUGGGGAGGUCAUGUAGAAAUAAAAAUUUUAUCAAACAUCUGCUGCAAACCAAUAGAAGUAAUUCAAGCUGAUGGUCCUAGUGUCAUUGUUGGCGAAGAAAAUUCAGAUCCUAGACUCAUUAUCAGCUAUCACAGGCACGUGUAUGGAUUAGGAGAGCAUUACAAUUCAGUCAUACCAGCUGAUAAAUCAUCAGAUAAUGCAACAGACAUGCCAUGACUUUUUCCUCCUGUGAGCUUACACACAUUCUCUGUUUUAUUUAUAUUCAAUAAAAUGUUUAUAUGUU